AUGGAUCGAGGGGACGAUUGCACGCCGACACGGCAAGGUCACGUUCGACGUGACGGUGGGUCACGACACGUGGUCAAGGCAUCGCAACCAGCUCCGAUGGAGACAAGGAUCUGCGACAACAAAUCGCCUGACCAGCGUCCAACAGGAUGUGCUGUUCGACACUUUUCAGCUGCCACCACCGGUCGCAAUGCUAGUGAAAACGAACGGAGAUCAACUAGCAGCGGACAGGUCUUCACCUCCAAGGCAGAGUAG